CUUGGUCGCCACCAGCCCGUCGCUUCUGAGAAACUUCACCAUCCUCAGCGUUGUGGAAAUAAGAUGUGAAGAAGUCCCAUGGAGCUCAAGUGCCUUUUGAUGUGGCUCUUGUUGGGAUCUGUCAAGGGGAACAAGCCAGAAGAAUGCCCAGAUCUUCCAAGGACCGAAUUUGCUGAUGUUACUGCUGAAACAUAUCCAGUGGGGACCAAACUGUAUUAUGAAUGUGACAGUGGCUACAAGAGAAGACGUGGCCAGUACCCAGGAAUUCAGUGUCAGAGUAUACAGCAGGGUGCUUCUUGGGUCUACAAGGAAUUUGAAUGCAUUGAUGAGAAAAUUUUGUUGUCAAUGGCUCCCACAAGGGAGUUAGACAUUACACAGAAGCCAGAAAGAAAAACACAGAGCUCUGCACACCAGAAGCGAGGAAACCUUACAGAAUUUGACCAGAAAGAUUUUUGUGGUCCUCCCAAGACUAUUCCUCAUGCCUCUUUAAGCCUGAACAAGCAGUAUUAUGUGGGGCAAGUAUUGCAUUUCAAAUGCCAGAGCGGUUACGAUAAGCGAUCCCCCACCUCUGGCACUCGCACGUGCACGAAGGUGAAUGGCAAAAUCUUCUGGACCCCCCUUGACCUGCAAUGCACCAAUGACAGCAGCUAUAAUGACACGUGGCCAGAUCCAUCUGUUUCCCUGUGGUGCCCGGUUCAGAUUGUUUCAGGUUCGACUUAUCCACCCUCUUCCUCCUCAGUGACACUGCCAGUGACAGCUGUCUUUUUGGUUCUGCUUAUCAUUCCUGCUGUCUUUGUGUGACUCGCCGAGUAGAGAAUACAGUAAGCAGGAAGGAGCCAGGAAAAUGUGGAAUCUAAAAAAAAAAAAAAAAGGAAAAGCUAUCAAUUGGAUCAGCCAUCUCACUAUUGCACUACUUAGAUUUCUGAAUACCUUCUUAGGUAUGAAAUGAAUGACCCUGGAUUUUGGGUUGCCUGGUUCAGCUACUAAAUACUGGCAGAAGAAGAGGAGGAAUCAGCUUUUGAAAUCAAAAAGCACGCUUUGUCCCAGCCAUUGUGGAACUGAGAAUGGCAGUUCAAAUAAUGGGUGCAAAAUGAAUCCCAUGGGGAAAUUAAGGUUGAUUAUGCAAAUAUGUUGGUUUCAGAUAGAUUACACAAUCAGUCUUCUUCUCUCCGGCUAGCCUGUGGGAAGUCUCGUGGAGCAUCUGCCACCACGACCACGUAAUUCUUCCUCCUUCUUCCCACUGAUUUCUCAUGUCAUGAUUUUCUGUGUCAUGGCAACUUUGUACUUCAGACUUCCUCCUUAUGAGGAGUCUGGCCUCCUCGCUGUUUCUAUUACUACACUGAGAUGCACAAAGGCUGUUCCUGUUCACACACUCCCCAGCCUACGUAAUCCAAGAUGUCCCUAUUUGACACUUGGGAGUUCUCCUCUUCUCCUCUCCCUUUUCUAAUCCUCAUCCCCAUUUCUCUUCACGUUCCUUACUAAUUACUGAUAGGCUCUGGUUCUCUGCUGAAUGGGUAUUUUUCUCAAAAAGGAGGAGGACCUUGUGAAACCACAUCGUUGAUGCUUUUUUUUAGCCAGUUCAUGAUAGAAUAAAGCCAUAGAAAGCACAGACAAUGCUUUGAAACAUGUUUUAGUGAAGAUAGUCAGCUGUGGUGCAGAUUGGCUGGGCCAUUGUGGGAUUUCUGAGAAUAUGAUUGGUGAAAAAUUGGCAAGAAUGAUCUACGUUUCACUGGCCCUGUGGUGGAACAAGUGAUGAAAGAGCCAACACCAGAUGGGAUAGUAACUGAGAUCCUAAGCGCUGUCUUCUGCAGAAAGUACUGUGUAGUUUCUCACAGUAGCUAUAGAAGAAGCCAUAGAAAACCUGCCUCUUCACAGUCUUUUUCCUGCUGUUAAGAAGACUUCUCGGGGAAUUGUGGCAUUCAGAUCCAAACUUAUGAAAUCAAUGUCUUGCCACAGAAGAAAACAGAUUGCACCAGUGACUCCAAGACCAGCUGUGGUAAACAAGGAGGAAGCCUUGGACACUCAAAUCCAACGUGUGAAGGAGGCAGAAAAUAUUAUGGCUUAAUUCUUAUGGGGACAGAGUGACUUUCCACCUACGGAGAACGGAUGGAGAGACAUCAUUGACAGAUGGGGAAAGAGCCCUGCCUGAAACUGCUUCCCAGAAACACUUCUCCUCCUCCUACCAUAUAGCAGAUGUAUUGCUAGUAAAACUGCAGCCUCUCCCAAGCGACCAGGUGUGCAUAUGGACCACUCACCCAAGCACAUUAGAUGACAGCCCUGUCGUUACAGCCCACACACCAUCUUCCCCACAAAGAGAGAUACUGGACACCUGAUGUCCCUCCACCCCUUUCCUACCCAGAUGGUCCAAACCCGGUCACACUUUUCUCCUCCUCACACUGUUUCUUUUGGAAAAGGAAAUUAAACCCGUUUACCCUCCCCACAUAAGCUGAGAAUCUUACUGGACUCCCUCAUGGUUCCGUAUACACACGCAUUUUUCAUCACCCUCCUCUUCCCAAUUAUUUUAGACUAACCCCUUCCACAACAGUUGCUACAUUAUUCCUCCAGCUCAGAGAAGGGUGCUGCAGUUGAAUAAUUUGUCAGCUCCUUUCGUAGCUGCAGAGCACCAAAGAACCAAGCUCAAAGGCAUUUGAGGACAAACUCAAGCAUACACAGUACUUGACAUGUACCUAUAUUACACGAUCACAGAAUCACCAUGGUUGGAAAGGACCUCUGAGAUCAUCCAGUCCAACCUCAAAAAAAAAAAAACCAACCCAAAAACAAACAACAAAAAAAAACCCAAACACAACA